AUGGAAUUAUGUGCUCGAUGGACAGCAUUGGGCUCGUUUUAUCCGUUCGCUCGCAACCACAAUAAUUUGGAUUCUCCAGCGCAAGAGACCUACGUGUGGCCUGAAGUCACAGUAGUUGGCCAGAAGUUCAUCGGCUUGCGGUAUCGACUUUUACCGUACAUUUACACGCUAGGUUAUCACGCCCACAGAGAUGGUCUGCCGAUUGCUCGUCCACUGCUCAUGGAGUUUCCUACUGACACUGUCACUCACAACAUAAAUUACCAGUUUAUGCUCGGUAACGCGUUGUUGGUGACUCCAGUGAUAUCCAAGGGCGCGACAGCCGUGACGGGAUAUUUUCCUCGUGGGGUCUGGUACAACGUUUUUGAUUAUUCGCAAAUUUUGACGUCUGGCGCGUAUUUAACGAUCGGCGUGACGAUAUUCGACAUGCCUGUGCAUAUUCGCGGUGGAACUAUCCUGGCGAUGCAUCAACCAGCUCUUACGACUGCAAGUGCUCGCCUCACACCGUUCGAUAUCCUGAUCGCAUUGUCUUAUAAUGGAGAGGCUAGUGGAGAAUUGUACGUGGACGAUGGCGUGACGAUCAACCCGAGAGCCACAAUCGUUAAUUUCACUGCGUCGACUGGUAUAUUACGGUCAAUAGUUUCUCAAAAUGACUACGAAGGUGCGCACACGAGUUUGGUGAACAAAGUGAUCGUGCUUGGCGUAACUUCGUCACCUUCCCGUGUGUCCCUCGGAUCCAUCUCUAAAUAUGAUUCCGACACGCAGUGUCUGGAGAUUGAUCUCUCAAGUACCAACCAAACUAUUGACACGGACUUCAUGAUCAUUUGGAACUGAGGAUAUCUGUUUAAGUACAGUUGAAUACAGCUAUAUCUCGAAGGAAC